GUCUUAUUUCAAGAGUCGAACGACGCACUCGAAAUGAAAUCGGUUUGUGCAUUCGCAUUGCUGUUGACUGCCGCUGCGGCCUACCCACAGUUCUGGAAUCAAAACCCAAACUGGAAUUCGAAUCAAAACUUUGACACGAACUUGGCACAGAAUUCAAGGUUCCCGACGAGGCCAGCGCCACCAACAAAUACGUUUCCCAUCGCCACAAACGAUGGAAGCUCAACAACACCACGCCCGACUACGCCAACAACCGCUUCGCCACAAUAUCUAGCGUGCCUGCAAUCAUGUCCAGCAACGAGCGAAUACAAUCCCAUCUGUGGCAGCGAUAAUAUCAACUAUCAUAACAACGGACGCUUGGACUGUGCUGUGCGCUGUGGACAGAACGUGGUGGCUGUGCGUAGUGGCACCUGUAGUCCUUUAUAGAGCGCUUGCAGAUUGUUUCCCUUUUAAUCUGUGCAUUUGAAAAUAGCAACAAAUAAAUAAAUGUGCGAAAGGUUAUCGCUAAUUAUACGACCCUCAA